UGCAGUCCUAUUUUGUGACGGAUUAUGAUCCAACGAUUGAAGACUCCUACACCAAGCAAUGUGUGAUAGAUGAAAGAGCUGCGCGUUUGGACAUUCUGGAUACAGCAGGACAAGAAGAAUUUGGAGCCAUGCGUGAACAGUACAUGAGGACAGGGGAGGGUUUUCUGCUUGUUUUCUCAGUCACUGAUAGAGGAAGUUUUGAAGAAAUCUAUAAGUUUCAGCGACAGAUUCUUAGAGUGAAAGAUCGCGAUGAGUUUCCUAUGAUUCUAGUUGGUAAUAAAGCAGAUCUGGACCACCAAAGACAGGUGACACAAGAGGAAGGUCAGCAGCUAGCACGGCAACUUAAAGUAACAUACAUGGAAGCCUCUGCAAAAAUCAGAUUGAAUGUAGACCAAGCUUUUCAUGAACUUGUCAGAGUUAUAAGGAAAUUUCAGGAACAAGAGUGCCCUCCUUCACCAGAGCCAACACGGAAAGAAAAAGACAAGAAAGGCUGCCAUUGUGUUAUUUUCUGAGAAUCCCAAGAACCAAGCUAUCAACUGCCAGAUUAUUAUUAUUUUUUUUUCUUUCCAUCGUUUUACAUCACUUCUGGUAUUGGUCUAGCCUUAUAUGUGCAUGUCCUAAAAGUGGUCACCAGAAUAGCCUUAGUCCAAGAAGCUGGCAGAAUAGUUCUUGAAGAAGACUCAGUCGUCCUGGGGCAGACUUCAAAACAAAACACUAAGGCUGCUUCUUUAAUACCACAGUUCCUUCCUUCUCUCCCUUAAGAGCUUGCACCUUGUGGAGUUUUAUUCGCAAAGGAGAUGAAACAAAACCGUGUAGGACAAGGUGUUGAAGUCAUGCAUAAGUUGUCUCUUGUGAAUUAAUUUAUUUUUACUUAUGAUGUUUCAUUAGCUACUACAAAGACCUAUAUUGAAGUAUAGAGAAUACUUUUUAAAAAGGGGGUGGAUUGGCUUUUUUUGCCCUCAGUUAAAUUAGACUUGAGUAUUCAGCUAGCCUUAAGAAGCCUACACUGAAUUUCAUUAUCAGCAAAAUUUUUCAUCUCUCAUUUAUGCUGCAGUUUUAUUUCAGUGGCCAAAACAGUCUACUGUAUUUAUUUUCUGAAUCCAGAACAGCUACAGGAUGAUUACUACUACUACUAUUAGGAUAUGGCCAAAUACCUGAGCUCAUUCUGGAUUGAGGUAUUUCAGCUUAUUAAGAAAUUUCACAUCCUUUGUUUGGAAACAAAUUGUGUCUUCCUUUGUAUUUCUGGGUAAGGGAUUAAGGAAAACUAAAAUUGUAGCUGUUUUUGUUUCAUGUGAUAUAAAAAUGAAUUUGAGCUUUCCAUUGUCAGAGAUGAUUAAAUGUUUUUGCUAUAUACUUUUAUACAUUAUUUUCUUAUCAAACUAGUUAACAAGUAUUUUUAUAUGUUUGUAAGCAAAUAUGCUUUCACAGCAUAACUUGUGUAUAUGUAAAGAUGAGUAUUUAAUUCUCACAGUUCACUUUUAACUGACAAAAUGUGGGAUUUGCCAAACUGUGGUAAACUUCUCCUUACUCUUCCAGUUAUACCCAAGAAUGGCCAACUAUGCGCCUGCCCAACACACCCACAGAGUAAAAUCUAGUGUUGUGUUUUAAUGAAUUUCAGUAUCUCUUACUAAAGACUGACUAUUAUGUGAACUAUUAAACUGUAAGACUUUUAACUGAUUGUUUAGUUAAACUGUGGAUGGUUGUUUAAUUUUGAGUUCUGUGGAUUGUGUUUAAACAAUUCAAGAGUAUGUUCCCUGAUAUUGAAAUACUGAGUGGUAUUGCACAGUUGUCACCUUACUGAAUGUGUCCAACAGUUCUUUGAAACUUGAUUAUUAAGCAAACCCUUGUAUAACUUCAGGUGCUAGAAUUAAAGAUGAUCUAACCAU